UAAAAAUAAUGUUGUAAAUAAAACAAAACCAAUUUGAAUAAUAAUAACAAAUGCUAGAGAAAUGGCGGCGACCACAGAUCCUAUGGAGUCGCUUCUGUCCAACUUCGAUCAGAUCUACGAGGAUUUCAAGAGCGGCAUCGCGGAGAUACAGUUGCUGAGGUCCAAUUGUAAUGGCGAAAUUAAGAGGAGAGAGGCUCUGGAAAUCACUUGUAACUCUCUCAAACAAGAAAAUGAGCGAGUGAAAAAACGUUAUACAGAAUCUUUAAAUAAUCUGGCAGAUCAGCUUGAAUACCACAGUAAAUGCCAGGUAAUGAAAGAGGAGCUCAAGAGAGUGAAUAAUGAACAUCUCACUAAAGAAGAUGAACUUAGGAAGGCCAUUGAUUCGCUUAAGGAAGAUAAUGCAAGAAAGGUCAAGGACUUAGAGUCUCAAAUUAGAGGCCUUUUACUUGAAAAAGCAACAAAUGAAGCAACACUAAACCACCUUCGCCAAGAUUUAGUGGCACAUAAAACACAUAUGCAGGUUCUAGCAAAAAGGUUGGACCAAGUCCAUUUCGACGUGGAAACAAAAUAUAACCUCGAAAUUCAGGAUUUGAAGGAUUGCCUCCUGCUUGAACAGGAAGAGAAAAGUGACCUGAGCAAGAAACUCCAGGACUUGGAAAAGGAAUUGCUGAUUAGCAGAACAAAGCUGGUUGAGCAGCAACGAGAUUUGACUUCAAUCCAGAAUGUUGAAACACUAAAGUUGAAGAUAAUGAAACUAAGAAAGGAGAAUGAGAUCCUCAAAAGGAAACUUUCUUCUUACCAAGAGCACUAGAGAAUUGGUGAGCUGUAGGUGCAUGAAUUUCAGUUAUUGGAGUCAUUAAUUCAAAGUCAUGUGUCUACAACUGUCUGCAACUAAAGCAUUGGGUAUCUGGAUUCGGUUCAACUCUAUCAGGAAAUUUUGUCAAGUAUGGUUUACUUUUUAUCUUAUACGCACCACUUUACAAUGUCAUAUAGAUGCAUGGACUCUCAACUAUUCAUCAAAAUGUAAAUGAAGGAGACAUUGCAUUCCUGUACACUGCUUGUGUGCUUUUUGAGUAUAGAAAGUUCAGAUCAAAAUUACAGGAAGAAGAGGGAUUAAAUGACAUCAGAAUAUGAGUUUUAGGUGUUGCAUGAAGAAGAUUUAACUUAAGGAUGACUUAGGUCUUACUAGUUGUCCCUGCAUUCAUCCUCUCUUAUUGAUCCACGCUUGAAUCAUCUCUUCUGAGCUAGAAUUUUGCUGUACAAGUCAGUCAGCGUCGCUAGGUUGCUUAACCGAAACAAUAAUUGUCACCAAAGUCAUUAUUUAUGAUGAUCUUAGGCAAAGUCAUAUCUUGAAGUGAUCAGUUCAGUGAAUCCGGAAAAAUAAAUGAAUGAAGACUAACGCAGUGGGCUUCAUUUAUGUGCUAGAUAAUAAAAGUAGUAUUGAUCUUGAAGGAUGUGGUCAUGAAGUUGAUUAAGGCAUUAGAGAGAUUCUCCUCCCAGCAGUAUUUUUUCUUUCUAGCUUGUUCAAGUGCAUCAGGUUGUUUGAUUCAAAGUUUGAGCUACCUUAGUUGAGUAUUUGUGUUGGCAAUUUGUGGCAGCAACCAUAGCCCGCCUUUCAUAUUUGAAGCUAGGCGGGGUUGAUUGUCCAAAAUUCAAUAUGACAUCACCCCUUGAACCAUUGGCCUCUACUCUACAAAAUCCCUCUAACUCCGACACUUGAUAACCCCUCGUUCGCCGACGGUCAAAUUUGGGAUUUAGUAAGCAGUUGAAAAUAGUAAACCGAACUGAA